AUGAUAGCAUCGCAGAUUUUUGAAUCAGCAAUUGAUUUGCCUUAUCGUAUCUUUCGCAGUGUUGAGCAAUACCUGAUAACUCCACGGUUUUCCACAAGCUUUACAAUGGAUGGUGUAAUUCCAAGGCGCCAUGAUUCAUUGGAUGUUGAAGUACUGAGAAACGACGAGCUUGACCGAAAUGGCAGGUUUCCGUCAGCAAACGUGAACUCCCAUCAGUUCUUGCGGAUUGCUUCAUGGGAUAAAGCAGAUGACAAUGCAUCCACCCCUUCAAAUCGAAACUUUGCAGGAACGAUGCGCUCUUGGUAUCGUAACAUCUCCAGACGAAAACUCUUCAUUAUCCUUAUUAUCCUACUGAUCGUAUUAUUCAUUGCUGCUGUAAUCAUAACUAUACUAUUCGUCGUCAUACUACCGGGUCAUCACGACAACCAUGGCUUUACCGCUAUUGUCGUGAGUCCCACUGCAGCGCACACGACAACGGUCACGACCACGCCCUUACCCUACCCAACUGGUUAUGUCGUUGGAACAAUGUCUCGCUAUGUAGCCAUAGGUGAAGUGGACAGUGUGAUGCCCGACAUGAGAGGAUACAAGUACCGAAAGCAGUUACUCACCUGGGGUAAUGAUACACUAGCAGUGCUAAGUGACAACGUUACCCUGGGUGAACUUUACCUUGACACGGGAAACUGUACAAGCUGCACACUGAUCUCUGUCGAUGAUGAAUGUCUGCACUCCAAUGCUACUCUUUCCUGUGACCAGACACAAGCAAUAUACUGCUGCUCAGAAUGUCCGAAAGUAGACAGUAUGUGCCGCGUGAAAGGAGUACCGUAUGAGUUCUUUGGCGAUUUGGUCGAAUCUCGCGUUUCUAUCGACAAUGACGCACUGAUACUCACAACUGCUUCACACUUGAACAGCUCAAACUGCGUCAUACAGCUCCAUAAAAUGAGAAGUAAUGGUUCAUUUUCUGGACCCAUUCAAAGCUGCUACAACGCCCAGGAUGUAGAGGAGGAUGUACUACUCACCAAUGUGGCCACAAUAACAUUUUCGCCUAAAACUGCCUUCUCCGCCGACUUUCUUGUAGGACUGGACUCCCACGGAAGUAUUAUUCUAUACAAUCUUACAUACGACACUCCUGUGGCUCACAUUCCGAUGGGGAUUCAAGGCGAUGUCAUGUCCAUCUCAACGACCGUUCAAGACGACCAUGUGAUGGUCGCUUUCCUUCAAAUGUCGAAAUUCUACGCGCUUCGAUAUAAUCUGGUCUCUGGAUGUGUGUCGGUGCUAGGAAAUUACUAUCAAAAGUUUGACUACUCAGGCACAUUACGCGACUUGGCAUGGACAGGUGAAAGCCUCAUCAUAUGGUAUGAGAACAGAGAAGGCGUGAACAUCGUACAAUUCCAAUUCAAAUGGAAUUCGGACAGCACUUGCUAACAUGCGAGACCAAAAAGUUUGCUUCGAAGAUGGAAUAUCGUCGCGCACUAAGGCAAUGAUCUCAAAUGAUGGCAAGACCAAUGGCGAUGGACAAAGAGAUCUCAGCCUCCGAUGGGUCUUCCGAGUCAAAUCUUUGCAAUAAAGAAUAUGAC